AUGUGUAGCAUUAGAACUAUAUCGGUGGUUGUGAACCCGCUCAACUCUGACGGCGCUGCCUUGAUGGAGGUGAGCAUGGUUGAGCUCCAAGCCUACGACCCUUGCGUGUUGCAGGAACAUGUUGAUAGACAGUUCUUCCUUGCAUUCAACUUCAACGCGAUCAACAACACCUUGUUGUACAGACCUGAUCACUACCCCUACAAUGCUGUGUCGAAGACGUGGAGGGUGAAGACCCCGCAAGUCAACAACCUGACCUUCGUCUUCCCAGCAUCACCGCCUCUCUCCCAGCCCCUGGCCCCGCAGCCCACUCUCUGUCCCUACGGCCAGGAAGCACCAUGUGAUGGAGACCACUGCAGCUGCACCUACGUGUUGGAGGCGGCGCUGGGGGAGGAGGUGGAGAUGGUGCUGGUGGACGAAGGCACUACUGGUGCCGAGAACCACCCCUUCCACCUGCACGGGUACAGCUUCCACGUUGUGGCCAUGGGGCACCUCGGCGGCAAGACGACUCUGGCGGAGGUGAAGGCCCUGGAGGCUGCCGGCGGCAUCACCCGCAAGCUGACCAACGCUGUCAAGAAGGACUCGGUGACCAUCCCUGACGGAGGGUACACCGUCAUCAGGUUCACCGCUGACAACCCUGGUUGGUGGUUGAUGCACUGCCACUUGACUUUCCACUCGGAGCUCGGUAUGGCUGCUGUAUUGCACGUUGGUAAUCCUUCAGACCUGCCCCAAGUCCCUCAGGGUUUCCCAGCUUGCGGAACUUUCAUGCCACAGUUAUAAGGUUAUCUGAUCUGUCCGCAACUAGAAAGAUACUCUUCCAUCACGUCAGUGUGACACUCCUCCUGUGACCACCAUCAGGCCAGCUCUGAGGAACUUCCAGAAGUGUUCAUCGCAUCUCGCUUCCUCCCAAGUGGAUCACAUCCAAUGAAGAAGGAUUAGUUAGAUAACCAAACAUCUGAUUCUCCAGAACUCAUUCAGCAUUUCUCAACACUAUGCCUACCAAAGGUUGCCACGCCAAUACUCACGUGUCUCCUGUACUAUUU